AUGUCAAGGUUUUCACCUUCAGAUAAGAUGAGCCAGCCAGGAACCGAGGAUAAGAAGAAGAGUCCUGUGAGAGAAUACCAGCCGCUAAUUCCAUAUCCUGCUAGGUUAAAGCAGGAUAAGAUGCCCAGGUAUACAAGAUUCCUGAAAGAGAUUCUAAGUAACAAAAGGAAGCUGGAGGACUUAGGACUAGUGACACUAAAUGAGGAAUGCUUAGCCAUUCCUCAGAACAAGCUGCCAGUAAAGAGGCGUGAUCCGGGGAGUUUUACUGUUCCCUGUAUUAUUGGUGAUUUGUAUAUCAGUGAUGCUUUAGCUGAUUUAGGAGCUAGCAUCAAUUUAAUGCCUAGCAGUUUGUUUGAAAAAUUAGAUUUGAGUGAGCCAAAACCUACUAGGAUGAGCAUACAGUUAGCGGAUAGGACUAUGAAAUUUCCUAAGGGAAUAGUUGAGAAUGUACUUGUUAAGGGUGAGAGUAGUUUCCCUUUAAUCCUAGGUAGACCUUUCCUUGCAACAUCUAGGGCUAUUAUAGAUGUGCGUGAUGGAAAGUUACAGCUUAGAGUAGGUAUUACCUUUGACCUUAGCACUUCUAUAGGACAUUCACUUGACCAUAAUGAUACUGUAUACUCUGUGGAUGUUUUGGAUGAUAUUGUAGCAUUACAGGCUGAGGAUGAGAAGGAGUUGUCCAAUGAGGAUGUAUUGGAACAACUUGCUUGUUUGCUGGCUAGUGAGCCUAGCAGGUUUGCUAACCAUUUUGUUGAUAUUGACAGGUUAGGGGUGCAGAAAUUGAGACCUUCACUUGAGCAGAAGGAGAAGACUUUAGCCUCUCCCAGGAAGUACCCUAAGGCCUUUGCAUAUAAGAUUGCAGACAUUCUUGGAAUCAACCCCAGCUAUUGUUCGCAUAAGAUCGUGAUGGAGGAUAGUUAUAGGCUAGUUAUACAGCCACAACGAUGA